CCGUGCGAAACUUGCCACUUCAAAAACUCUUUUUAAUUCCAAUUUUUUAAUUGACAUUCGUUGAAGAUUUCUCUUUAGUUCUGUAAAACGUAAUUUAACAGUUUUCGCAUUCCAAGUACGUUUUGCCACUGUUGGAUCAUCCCCUCCCUUUCGGUGAACUUGAGAGAUGUCGAACUUACGUUCAACUUUUCAAAGGGCACGAUUGUUAGCUAACCAAACAAGCAAUGGACAAAAAGCCACCAUGUGCAAUGUAGCUGUGCCAUCUAAACCAAGACCGACGCCAGAUGCCUCUAAAUUUGAAAACAACAUCGUCACGUCGCCGUUUCGUGAUUGCAAACUCCACGACAUGUCGAUGGUCCAAAAGCUUUUCGAAAGUGCCAGCCGCUGGCCCUCGAAAAUUGCUAUGGAAUGCGGAAUAACUGGACGUAAAUACAGUUACGAGAUGAUGCGCCAAUUGAUUCGCCGUUUCGGCAGCGCCCUGACUCGAAUGGGAUUCCAGAAGGGCGAAGUGUUUGCCAUCAUUUCGCCAAACGUUCCCGAAUUCCCUAUUGCGUUGUUCGGAGCCUCAGGUGCUGGGAUGCCCGUCUCUUUGGUCAACCCUACAUACACUCCCGAGGAAAUGGCUCGUCAAUUGUCCAUCAAUGGUGCCACUGCUCUUUUCGGUGUUGCACCGAUGGCCGCGACGUUGAAAGAGGUGGCCCGCCUUUGCCCAACUAUUCGACGUGUCAUCCUGUUGGGUCCACCUCAGGAAGGAAUCGUUUCCUUCCAGGAAAUGGCACAAGACUCUGGUGAUCUUUUCAACGAAAACCUCGACAUUAAUGCCAAGGAGGAUACCUUUCUGCUUCCCCACUCGAGCGGAACAUCAGGAUUACCAAAGAGUGUCAUGUUGACUCACUUUAACAUGAGUUCCAACGUCAUGCAAUUCUUGGAACCUGGCGGUACCAACCACCGGAUGGCUACAUCCGAUUACCAAGACAUUUACAUGUGUCUUCUUCCCUUCUUCCACACCUACGGCAUCACGAUCCUAAUGAAUACGGGAUUCGAAACAGGCGCCAAACUAGUGACGCUGCCACAAUUCGAUGUCCAAACUUACUUUAAGGCCAUCGACGAUCAUAAGCCGACUGCGUUACACAUUGUUCCACCUCUUGCAUCACUUCUCGCCCAAUAUCCGGCUCUAAAAACCGAAUCAUUCAAUCGGUUACACACCAUUUUCUGCGGUGCGGCUCCGUUAAGCGUUCAGGCGACAGUUAAUCUCCUCCAACGUCUAAAUGUUCCAAAUUUGAGUCUCCAAGAAGGUUAUGGACUUUCGGAAACAUCGCCCGGAAUUCUAAUGUCUCCGUUAGGAAAUAUCAAGCUCGGCUCUUGUGGUUCUCCCAUUUCCAGAUCAAAGGCCAAAAUUAUCGAUCACGAGAUUGGUGAUGACCCUCUGGGACCUUACCAGCAAGGUGAACUCUACGUCGCCGGCCCGCAGGUCAUGAAGGGAUACUGGAACAACCCCAAAGCGACUCAAGAGAUGAUUGGUGAAGACGGCUGGCUCCGCACUGGAGACGUCGCCUAUUACGAUGACGAAGGCAACUUUUACAUCGUCGAUCGUCUCAAAGAACUCAUCAAAGUCAAAGGAUUCCAGGUUGCUCCGGCUGAGCUCGAGGAUAUCCUGACCAGCCAUCCGGCUGUUGCCGAAGCGGCUGUUAUUGGCAUCCCUGACGAACAGGCAGGUGAACUUCCACGGGCUUAUGUCGUCAAGAAACCUGGAAUGGAUUCGGUCAGCGAUGCUGAAAUCGCAGCUUUCGUCAAUUCCAAAGUAUCGGGCCAUAAACAACUGAAGGGAGGCAUCCAGUUUUGCACGGCGAUCCCCAAAAAUAACAUGGGCAAGAUUCUGCGACGUGAACUACGAGCUCAGUUCGCUAAUGCAAAGUAAAUUGCUCAAAUGACGUAGGAACAAAGUUGUAACUCCCAUUGUUUUGUUUUAAUCACUUGCUGCGCAAUACUUGUUCGCUAUUAUCACCCACACCGUUUUCAAUCUCCUCUUGACUUUUCGUUUUUUAGGGUUUAAGGAAUAACAAUGUGAUCUUUGACUAUACUCAAUAACCUGACCGAAACACUCAAAGAAUUAACGUUGGCGUAAAUAAAAAAAAUUGUAUCAUAAAACGUGUCUUCCACAAUAACAACAGCAAAGAAACAGU